AAGCCACUCUUGGCGUGACGGCAUCUUCACCCGUCUUCUUCGAGAUGCUUCGAUUUCGGCCUCGGCUGCUAAAGUCCUCCUCUCUGAGCAAACAGAGAAGAAGAACAAAGCGUUACUGAAUCCUCCGAGCGUUAUCCAAAGAUGGUUAAUACUGGACGGGUUUCUUAACCCUGCAUGGACGGAGAGCGUUGGGAUGCUACUCAAGACGGAUUGUAAGAUGAUGAACUUGGAUCAAGGAGAGCAGAUACCGAUGGCCGAUUCUUGUUCGAUCCUCUUUGAGACGUCCGAUCUAUCGACGGCUUCUCCAGCCUUGAUAUCAAGAUGUGCGAUCGUUCAUUGCGGUGGAGAGGUUGUCUACUGGAAAUCAUUGACGGAGUCGUGGCUGAGUAGCGCCAAGUCGCAUUGGGAGGUUCCCAACAUCAGUGAUACUAACGUGAACCGGUCACACGAGCCUUGGCUAUGUAAUAAAUCACACUGGGAUAUUAACAAGAACUGCCUUCAGAUGCUAACUGCCCUGAUAGAAGACACCUUCAGCUCAACAAUUGAUUUCCUUAAUCACAAAUGUCAACCCAUCCUCUCAGCGGACCUCCCUGCGUCCAUCAGUUCAAACUACCGCAUCGUUGAUGGGAUCCAAGAAGUGUCGUCGUUCCUUCGCAUCCUCUCGGCGCUGUGUGACAAGUUUCUAGUCCAUGAGGUGGAAGGAUCAGAAACAGACAGCCCCGCUGCUGAUGGUAGGCCUACACCAUCACCGAUGACCAACCCACCAGAGGCAGGUACCCGUGACCUACCAGGACAAGCUUACCCUACCACUAGGCUUCUCUCAAUGUUUGCUUUCAGCUUCAUCUGGGGGUUUGGUGGCCAUCUUCACUCAAGAUUCGUUGAUGCCUUCAGUCGCUUUGCUCGUGAAACCUUAUCCAGAGCGAGUUUCGAUAUCAACCUACCAUCAGAGGGCAGUGUUUAUGACUACAAGAUUGAUCCAUAUCACGCCGUUCUCGUUCCAUGGGGCGACAAAUCACAAGAUCGGGCCAAGACACUGCCAUCGGGCUAUACCAUUAUUCCAGAGAUUGAGCGAUACUUUGGUUUAAUGGAUCUUUUGUUGAGUUCUAACUGCCCAGUGCUGCUAACUGGACCGUCUGGUGUAGGCAAAUCGGCGCUGAUUCAGAACAUGGUUCAUCCCAAGCACUACUUCCUCAAGACAAACAUGUCUCCUGGACUCAGCUGUCAAUCAUUUGAAGAUGCUAUUGUUAGUAAGCUCCGUCCACGUAGUGUUGCCAUGGCAGCUGUUGCUACGGGAAGUCAGCAACAGAAGUCAAGUUCCAGUCAUCUGUUCUUCAUUGAUGAUCUUAAUUGUGCUUCAGUUGAUAGUAAAACAGGUACCCAACCUUGCACUGAUGUCCUGCGUCAACUUCUCGUCCACGGUGGCGUCUACGACAGAAAGCGUCUCUUCUUCCGGUCACUAGAGGGUGCUAAUUUCAUCGCUGCCUGUACCCCCCCCGGUGUAUCAGGUGUAGGUAGUGGAACAGCCAGCUACCCUCUGUCACCUCGACUGACCAGGCUGUUCUGUGUAUUGUCGUUAUUCCCUCUGGGUCGAGAUGAGAUGGAUGAUGUCCAUCGGCCGAAUCUCCAGGGAUGGUUGGAGGAGUUUCCUGCGUAUUCCUUGGCUCAUCAUUAUGAGUUGGCUCAGGCUCUCCUCACAGCGACUCUAGAUCUUCACGCAGCCAUUCAUUCCAAGCUAUCUCCAACUCCGAUCACUCCUCACUACGUCUUCUCUCAUCAUGACAUCAAUCGAGUCAUCCAGGGGUUAUAUCUCUUAUCUCCGCACUCCCGGGGUCGACCGAGACACGGAGCUAGGAGAGGGGGAGGAGGACGCCCACAAGCUGCAGGAGGGCGUGGUCGCAGUCGGGGUAGGGUGAAGGGUGGUGAUAGUCAGGGUGUGGUCACUGCCCCGCCCAUGAUGAGGACUGUAGUUAGACUAUGGUGUCAUGAAGCUACGAGGACCUACUGUGAUAGGAUCGUUUCCAAGAAAGAUGAGUCAUGGUUUAGUAAACAGCUUGAAGACAUUGUUGAGAAAUGUUUCUGCACUGGAGAGGAGAAACAACGAGUCGUUACACCAGUCAACGUCUCAGAUUGCUUUCCGUUUAUUGACAGCCCUGGAAGUUCCUCUCCUCUGUUUACUCCUUCUCCGGCAUUCAGUUCUCUGCCUCCGACCCCUUGUAGCUUUACCUCAAGUUUAGUUUCUGAUGAAGGGGAGGAGGCGGGCCAAACUCCACCCACUAAUGGAGUAUUCUCCGGUCUAUCUUCAGCAGAAAGAGGCAGCACAGCAUUGACUGAAGAUGGGGAUGAGCAGUCCGAGAUGGGCGUGGCAUCACCGACGCCCUCAACCCAUUCAUCAGCAGGGAGUACAUUGACGGAGCAGAGUAUCCUAGUGGAGUCAGGGAAGCAACCAUCAGUCAUCGAUGAAUCCAAAGUGAGACAGCCUACCCCUCCGACUAUCACAACCCACCAGCCCUACCCUCCACGUAAAUCUAGCAUCCCAAAGACACUCACACCGGCAUUGAAGGAUGGACAAUCCAAACGUGGUAGGGAGGGGGAGACAAGGCUUGGUACAGAGGGACGAAGGAGAGGGGUGACAUUCCAGCUUGGGACCGUCAAUGAAUCCAAGGUGGAACGAUAUCGUGGCCCUUUGCUUAACAUGGACCAGGUACGUCUGCUAGGAGAAAGCUUGAGUGAUAUCGUCUUUGCUAAGUACAUUGUAUCUGGCAACAAAGAAAAUGAACGAGGUUAUGCUGAAUGCAACGAGACCCAACUCUUUGAAGGUUUACAGCGAUGUUUAAUGCAAUAUAACAAUGGAUCAUCGGAAAAGAUGGAGCUUGUCUUCUUCAAGGAAGCUAUGAGGCAUAUAACUAGACUAGCAAGAGUCUUUGCCAUCCCUGGUGCCAACGCCCUUCUGAUCGGUCUAACCUACGGUAUGGCGCGCUCUCCUCUAGCUCGUGUCGCAGCCUUCACCGCUCGCUGUAAGUUCUUCGAUGCAACAGCCUCUCAUAUCACAGCGACCAAUCGUGCUACCCUAAGAGAGAAGAUAAAGAAGGCUAGCCAGGUGGCUGGUUUGAUGGGGAAGCCGGUCGUACUAGUGGUUAGAGGAGAGUACGGAGACCAAGCGCUGCAAGACGUUUGUGCUCUUAUGUCUGAAGGAUCCUGCCCAGAUCUGUACACUCAAGAAGAACUUGACAACAUCUCCUCUCAGAUGUUACCAGGAGCAAAGGCGACAGGUCUUAGGAAUCAACGUCUUGAGAUGGCGUUAGAGAGAUUCUAUCGGAAGGUCAUGCUUAAUCUUCAUGUUGUCGUCUGCAUCGAUUGUCAAGGCGGUAGCGUGAGUUCUCUUCAUAAGUGGCUUAGCCGGUACCCUGCAAUGCUGACUAACUGUUGCUGUGUGGAUAUCUACCGGCCAUGGAGUCAUGAGGUACUGGUUAAUGUAGCAGAGCAAUGGCUGAGAGUACCAACGAUGGACACUUACACUAGAAAGACGUAUAGAAUUCCUUGGUCGAGUCACAACAUGCCCGCCCAGGUGACUGCCAUCAGUCAUGCCAUGGCGUACGUCCAUCGCUCUGCAAUGGAAGCAGUCUCUCAAGCCGGUAACAAACACUUCAAGUUCUUUAGCCCGCUGACCUAUCUAGAGUUCAUUGACCUCUUCAAGAAUCUAGCUAGCAAGAUCGCUAAAGAAGAGAAGGCAACUGUGUUAAGGUAUGAACGUGCCCUAGACACGUUAAAUGAGGCAUUUGAAGCCAUGAAUGGAUACACACAAGAAUUGGAACGCCUUACACCACUACGUCAACAAGCUCAAGAAACAGCCGAGUUACGUCUACAAGAAGUUGAAGAAUGUAAAGCAAUCUUUGCAGAAGCAAGAGGGAUGUGCAACCAAGAUGAGGAAGAAAUAGCUAAGAUGCAAGAACCUCUUCAAGACAUCAAGAAGCAGACUCAAGAUGAAUUAGACAAGGUGAACCCAGUCUAUGAGGCAGCAUGGCAUGCCUUGAAGAGCCUGAAUUCUUCUGACUUGGAUGAGAUUCGAACCUACCAAAAACCACCCGAAGCUGUUAUUAAAGUGGUCAAUGCUCUCUGUUUGAUGUUCAGAGAACCGUAUGACUGGACGAGUGGUAAAUCCCUGAUCAAUCGCAACAACUUCUUCCAAGACCUUGAGUUCUACAACAAGACGGCGAUCGCAGACGACAUCUAUCACAAACUCAACAUCCUCUUCAUUCAAGAUCCGUCCUUUAAGCCAGAGAUAGUAAAGAAGGCGAGCCAAGCUGCCUCAUCUUUGUGUUUGUGGGUUCAUGCCGUCUAUGCUUACGCUACGAUCCAUCGGAAUAUGAGACCCAAGUUACAACAGGUGGAGGAGGCUGAGGGAAAACUUCAUGAGGCACAAGGUCAUCUUGGUAAUAAGAGGGUCAAAGCUCAAGAUGUCAAAGGUCAACUUGAGGAGAGGGUCAAACAAUACAAGGAAGCAAUGCGUAUGGUGCGCAGUCUGGAUAAAGGCAUUCGGACCAUCGAGGGUAAAAUAAGUCGAGCCAACACCUUAAUGACCAGCAUGGCCACUCAGCACUCAACCUGGAAGGGUCAACUAGACACCGCUAACAGCAACAUUAAGACGGCACCUGGUGAUGCUCUGCUAGCCGCGGCUAGUGCCUGUUAUCAUGGCCCUCUGGGUCAGAGUGGUAGGCAGAAGCUACUUGUAGACUGGUUGGCAAGAUGUGAAAGUGGAAAGUUUGUAGAGGUGGAAGGAUCGAGGGGAUCGUCGUCAUCAACGGAUCAUGGAAUGGAAGAGUCGCCGUUACCCAGAUCAUCCAAGCCUGGUCAGAGUCCAGAGGGAAACGACAAUAAGUUCACGAACAUUGACAUGACUUCUGGACUAGAUACAAGUUUUGAUGCUAGCAGUGGAUCCUUAUCCAGCGAUGUUCUCUUCGCUCCGGCUAAUAGUCGUUUAAGUCGAGCGACCCAAGAUACAGACCAACCAUCUCCUAUCUACCCCAUCGCUAUCAGGGAUAACUUCACUGAUGAAGCGAUCCUGAGUUCACCAGAAGAGCACGCAUCCUGGAAGUCCAAUAACACCAUCCCACACGACGGACUAGCCUUCCAUAACGCUCUCUUCAUGCGUACAUGCUGCAUCGGUAGACAGAGACAAUGGCCAUUAUUGAUUGACCCUGAUGAUCAGGUCAUGACCUGGGUCAAACUAUUACAUGAUAGGGGUGUGAUUAGCUUUCAUGAUGGGCUAGCUUUUGACGAAGGAAUCGAUACCCCAGCAGCUUUAUCCAUCGCCAACAUAAACGAACUGAACGAGUUUGAAGACAGUCUGAGUAGAGAAACACCAACAACCAAACCAACAAGUCGAGGUACCUCUACAGAUGAUUGGGAUAAUGCAACAGAUUACCCAGGAACCCCUCGGACAGUCACAAGCUUCGGCGGAGACACCCAGUACACUCUCAAGAAUUCCUUCAACUUCCGUGACUUAGACGUAGAAGAUGAUCUCAGCAUCUCCAACACAUUCCAAGAUGACUCCUUCCUCCUUGAGACGCUCCCUGAUGAUUCCGACAUCCUCAAACCAGCGGAGAACCUCUGGAUCAUCCCGGCGGAUAAUCCCUCCUUGGAGAUUAGAUUAAUCCAGGGGAUGUUGCUAGGGGCGACCAUCGUCAUAACACACAUAGAGAGGAAAGCUCUUGAUCAGAGGUUUUCUGAGCUGCUGAAACGGAAUGUGAUGAUUGGUCCGGAAGGAGAGCGGAGGGUUAUGAUUGGUGGGCGAGAGUUUGGGUACCAACCAAGCUUCUGUCUGUAUCUGUGCACAUCGGUACCACUGGAGCUAACUGAUUCUGGUUUUGUACCAGUCUUGAUCGAGACGACAUCAGUCAUUGACCUCUCCAUCAGCUCAGAUGGACUCAAAUCCCAACUCCUUCAGCACAUCAUGGCCGUAGAACGACGCGAGUACGAAGGACAAUGGCGGUCAAUAGAGGGUGAUAUUCACAAUCAAGAAGCCAUGCUGCAACAAGCAGACGAGGAAAUCCUUCAUAAGACUCUAAACCUCCCCCACAGUCUUUUGGAAGAGCCCACAAUGGCCGACGCUCUCACUCACCACCAACAAGUUACCUUGACAACAGAAGCUAGCCUCCACGAAACACACACACUAGCUGAACAGCUACUACAACGUCAAGCUCCGUACGACACCGUCGCUCAGCAUGGUACUCUGCUUUACCUGGUAAUCAAGAGCAUGCCGAUCCUACAUCCUUUGUACUACAUCCCGAUGCGUACCUUCAUAGAGUGGUUUAAGGCAACGAUCAUAGCCCACAAGAAAAACCGUGCCGAUAUCGGAUCACCGGAAGCACGUGCCGUUGAGUUGACAAACGCUAUCAUGUUAGACACCCACUCCAAAGUAUCGCUUGGGAUGUUCCAUGUUCAUUCACAGCUGUUCUCAUUCCUGGUUGCUAUGGAGAAGAUGAAAGCGGCCAAUGAGCUGACAGAGGAGGAGUGGUUUUGCUUUGUAGGCGGAGCUAGUGGAGCUGCGGGAACCAAUCAGAUGAUGUCUGAAAGCGUCAGUAUUCCUGAUUGGAUCACUCCACUGAUGUGGAUUGGAUGCAGCCAUCUUGAGAAGGAGUUUGAAAUCUUCCGAGGACUGAAGGAAUCUUUAGUCAAAUUCAGCAACCAAUGGAGAGAGUAUUUUCAGCAUGACCCGGUUCUAUUAGCACCAGUCCCAGGAGCUAGCCUGGCUCAUCUCACAUUCAUGCAGAAGGCAUUACUAUGGAGGAUCAUGAGACCAGACAAGCUGUCGAGUAUCUGCCAUGAUCUGACAAUCUACCAGCUAGGGUCUCAAGUGAGUCAUCCUACACCCUAUAGUAUGGAGACUGUCUUAGCUCGUUGUGAUAAUCACACCCCUGUUGUAUUCAUCCUCCCGGCUGCAUACACUCAAGAUGGAUCCAUUCACGGAGGUUGUGAAGGUCAUGCCUUCCAGCAUCCAACAACCAUUGUGACCCAAUACCUCCAGCAUCAAGGUAAAGAAGCGUCCCUCCACAUCGUAUCGAUGGGGACGGAUGAUCAGCUAGCUAGGGUACUACAUGCUAUGGAAGAAUGCUCAAGGAAUGGCCACUGGCUUAUCAUUGAUAAUGUACAUCUACUGGAGGAUCUUAAGGCAAAAGAUAUGCUACAGUUUAUCCAGAAAAUGGUUUUGGCUAAUAAGCAGAUAAGGCCUUCGGAGUCAAGACCCCAGACCAAACUGUCUAGUAAGACCAGCAGGCAAUCAUCCAGAGAAGAAAGUGAAUCUCAGGCUGUUCCCAAUCCAGUGGGUGAAAUACAUGAAGACUUCAGGCUGUUCCUAAUCACGAGGGCGGACAGUCCAAACAGAAUACCAGGUUUACUUUUACAAUAUGGCAUCAAGGUAUCUUGCGAAGCAACAGUAAACUUCAAAGAGUCCCUCCGCCAUUCCUUCAAUGAUGGAAUGAAAGCCAUGGAGUCAAGCAAGCAUCUUGUCUCAUCUGCAACUGCAAAGAUGACCAAUGAGAUGGUGUUCUGCAUCUCGUUGCUACACACCGUGUUGUCUCAGAGACGAAGAUUCACACGUAUUGGAUUCAGUCAAAAUUAUUUUUGGUCACACAACGAGCUGAUCACAUCUUUAGACAUGUUGAGGGCGCUUCAACCUCUAGAUAUCUACAGUGGUUUGAAUAAUCUUCAAGACGUCUUAGGUAGUGUGGUAUAUGGAGGAUGUGUUUUGGACAUGGAGGAUCUAGAGGUCGUCCAAGCAAUCGUCGAUAGUCUAAUCGUCAACUGGCAAGAUGUUCAGCAAAUGCCCUCCUCCAUGGGUGUGUCUUCGCUGCUAGCCUCUCUACAACCAGUUAGUCAGAGCCAGGGGAGACGCAGUAGAGUUAGUAGCGGGUACACUAGGAGACUACAACGUGUGUUUGAUACAAUGAAAGAUGAAGUACAACCUACCCAGCUGGGAUUGAUGAGUGGUACCCCUAGACUAAUGGAGACAAGAGAGGGAAGAUAUUUAUCAACUGCCCUUCAGAAGCUCGAGAAAGGCUACACAGUAAACGUUGUAUCUCCGAUGCAAUGGACGGUCCCUCUUCUGUACUCUGUCCAGCACAGGCUUGAAGCCAUCCAACAUUUUGAGCAACCCUCAUCCGAAAGCCUCAGCUACUUAGAAACAUUCCUUAGCUCUGAGAUAUCCAUUUUAAAUCAGACAAUCCAAUCCGUCCAAUCAGAUGUUGGCUUACUCCUGCAGUCGGCCCAAGGCAGCAUCUCCCUACCACCUCUAAUAGAAGACGCCUUAUUGGCUAUUAGUCAAGAUAUCUUACCCCAGUCAUGGUUGCCUUCUGGACACCCAGAAUGCACCGGGGUGUUGUCGUGGAUCGAGAGAUUAAAAGCAAGAGGUGAUUUGUUACAGAGAUACGUCCGAGAGGGGGACAGUGUCGUUGGAUUUGAUCUAGCUGUGUUUUCAAAUCCUAAGAUGUUUUUAAGGAGUGUGUUACAGGAGCAUGCUCGGAAGGAAUAUGUUGAAGUACAUCGACUACAAAUGGAGACACAUGUUAUGGAUCUGCCAGGCCCACCAACAACGCCCCCAGAUAUUGGUGUUUACAUCAACGGUCUCCUUCUUCAUAACGCAGCGUGGGAUCCUACACGUCAGCUCCUAUCCCUCCCUCAUAUACCUGACCCCUCCCAAACGAUCAUCGAUGACCCUUCACCUCUGCCCUUAACCUGGUUCAAACCAGUCGUGGACUCGAUCCUCAGUCAAGAUAAACCACAGAGUUGUUAUAGAUGUCCAAUGUAUAUGCAAGGGUCAAAGGUCACGACGUUGAGAGGUAGUGACCUAUUGACCUUUGUAGAUUUGCCUUCGAAGCUAGAGUCCAGUGUCUGGGCUCAAAAGAGGGUGUUUGUUACACCCCCAUGAAACUGUAAAUAUUUUCUGCAAUAACAUUCCAAAGUGACUUUCCUGUGAAGUGAAUUUCUGUAUAAAUGAAUUUUCUUUUAUAACAUUGCUUUUGAUAAGAUUAAAUGAAUUGUUUAAACUUCCGUCCAUUUUGGGGCACUUGUAUUCCAUCCACCGAUAUUAUGCCUAAACUGCAAUUUUCUUUGAAGUGAUUUGGUUCAUUGAAAAUUUGCAAAUUUGUUCUCUUUGAAGUUCUUAGAAAAAGAACAUGGGAAAAAAAAUUUGGGUGUGCAUUUUCUACAUGUUUAAUAUAUUCACCAGCGUUUAAAUGUAUGUAUAUUUUAUGUAUAAUGUGACAUUUCCAAGGGUUUGUAAAUAAUACAAGAUUUUAUAACACUUUUUGUCAUGGUUUUGUUUGAAAAUAUCGAGUUAGAUUGAAGUUUGUGAAAUGAUUGAGAAUUGGUUUGUUGAUGUUAAUGGUUGAUAUUUUUUUCAUUUUGUGUGAUUUAAUAAUUGAUCUUUUUUAGCUGAGAUAUUUACCGAUCUGUAUAAAUGACAUGUUAUAACUUUGCGUGUGAUAAAGAUAAAAUUAAUUGCUUAAAAUCCGUCCAUUUUGAUGUAGUAAUAUUUCAUCCACUAAUUCUAUGCCAUAAAAGCUUAUGUUUCAGUUACCUUUAUAUAUUAUUCAAUUUGAAAUGUACAAUUUUUUAUCAAAAAAUUUCAAGAAGUAAGGUAAGACACUGUGCAGAUGAUUUAUUGUUUGCUUUACUCUCAAACCUAAACUCCUAAAUUCAUUGUUUUUGUUUCUUGAAAGGCAGUGGACACUUGGUAAUUACUCCAAAAAAAUUAUUAGCACAAAAUCU